AUGACGGACAUAACUGCACUCAUCCUUUCUCCCCGCUUCCUCAUCUCGGCUGCCCUUCUUGUCGCCGGCAAUGCCGUCUUCUUUCUACUCCUUUCUUACACUCACCGCCCGAGGGGCUUCCCCCCGGGGCCGCUCGGUCUCCCGGGCUUCGGCAGCCUCUUCCAGAUCAACAAAUCGAUUCCUGCCUUGACCUACAGCGCCUGGGCACACAAGUACGGCCAAGACAGGCCGCUGGGCGUCAAGCUGGGCGCCACCAACAUCGUGGUGCUGAACAGCGCGCGGAUGGUGCGCGACCUGUUCGAGCGGCGCGGCGCCAUCUACAGCGACCGGCCGCGACCGAACGGCGAGGACGAGAAGUGGAAGUUCCAGACCCACCACGUGCCCGCCUCCCUCUUCCACGAUAGCGGGCCCUGGCUGACGCGGUGGCGCCGCGAGUUCAACGGCGGCCUCGGCAGCGCGGCCGCCGUCGCGCGCCUGCACCCGAUGAACGACGCCGAGACGGCCCGUGCGCUGGUUGCGCUGCUCGAGGCGGGCCCGACCACCCGGCGCGCCGAGCUCGAGGACAUCAUCCUGAGCUGGGUCACGAGCGUGCCGUGCAUCGCCGUGGUUGGGCGGCGGCCGGACGCCAUGGCCCACCACGGCUUUGACAUGGACGCCUUCCGACGCCGCACCGCCGGCUACAUGAUGCUGCACAAGCCCAACCUGAUGGACAGAAUCCCGGUGCUCCGGUACCUCCCCGGCAAGUUUGGCAUGGCCGGGUGGAGGGCCAAGUCACACGCCGUCGCAAAGGACUACCCAGAUGUGCAGCAACGCAUCCGGGACGAGUCUGCUGACGUGGCUCGCCUGACCUACACAGAGGCAUUUUGGCACGAGGGCAUUCCUCACGCUCCCGCGCAAGACGAUGUGUACGACGGAUACAGGAUUCCCAAGCACACGGCCGUAUACGCCAACGUGUGGCACAUACACCACUCUCCUGAGGACUACGAGUCGCCCGAGAAGUUCGAGCCGGAACGGUUCCUGCGCCACCCCUUCGGGAUGCGGCCGGGCGCGGCGCACGACCCGGCCGCCAUGGAGGGCUCUGCAUCGGCGAGCGCUCGGGCCACGUACGCGUUUGGAUUCGGGCGCCGCGUCUGUCCCGGAAUGCUGCUGGCCAAGCAGAGCCUGAUACUGGGGCUGGCCAAGGUGCUGUGGGCAUUUGAUGUGCUGCCGGCGCAGGAAGGGCAGGAGCUCGAUCUGAACGUCGACACGGGCUUUGUCCAGGGACUCAUCACUUUCCACCCGAAACACCUCGAUGUCUCGCUGAGACUGAGACCUGGACGCAGCAAGCAGGAUAUCCUGGACCACUACUCUGAGACCUACAAAGUCGAGGCGGAGGUUAUGGGCUGGUAG